UAACAAACAAGGAAACAUACCAUUUUGGCAAACAAGCUAAGGCGGGUUCCACCUCAAUGCCCGUUUUUCGAGUCACUGAUUUUUUAACCAACGGAGAAACUCAAAGCAUCAGAAAGAUUCAAGUGAGCGGCAGUGCAUCUCUGAUGCAAGCGGAACUCAGUGUUUCGACACCCCAAAAAUCAAACGGAGUAGUUCAUAUUAGUUCCAGGGAGAGUGAGAGAAGGGGAGAACUCACGGGGAGCCAGGAUAUCGAGGACAAAGAAGAAGAAACACCAAAGAACGAUUCCAGUGUCGUCAUCAUGUUGCUGGUGGUCUGCUGUUCAUAUCUAGUACUGACCGCAUUCGCCGCUUUCUUCAACGUUCUAGGACACCAUUACAUAUCAGAAAAACCAGCUGAGUCCACUGCUUCGACUUCAAGUGUGGAAGAUGGGGACAGAGAGAGUGUGUUACUGUUUGUUCAGUCAAUGGCAGAGAUCCCGGCAGUCAUGAACAAUUCGCUCAACUUUGUCUUUUACAUGCUGAGUGGACGGACAUUCCGAAAUACUUUCAUUCAUAAAAUAUCCAGUCUAGCACGAUAAUUCUCAGCGUUCUAUCUCUGUUCUAAGACCAAAGUUUAGAUAUAGUGUAGAUUUUCACCCAAUUUUAUAUAUACUGUUUGCAUGGAGGUCAUCUCUGGGGCCAAAAAGUGAACAAAGAACAAAACAGAAACUCAAAAAAAUAAAUUUGCGCUA